AAUCUACGGGGGGGUCAGGCUGUGUGGUAACCCCCCCCGCCCAGUCUAUGGGGUCAAGAUUGGGGUGACCCCUCCCCCCAACCUAUGGGGCCAGUCACUGAUGUGCCUCCCCCCCAAAAUCUACGGGGCCGGGCUGUGGGGUGACCCCCACCCCCCCCAAUCUAUGGGAUUGGGCUGUGGGGUGACCCCCCCCUGCCCCCCCCUUUCCCUGCCCCACAGAGGGGGUCUCAGUGAAGAUGUUCCUUCGGGGCCGCCCCAUCACCAUGUACGUCCCUUCGGGCCACGUGGGCUUCCGUGCCGAGCUGCCCCCCGAGCGCCUGCAGCUUGACUGGGUUUACGGUUACCGUGGCCGUGACAGCCGCUCCAACCUCCACGUUUUGGCCUCUGGGGAGCUCGUUUACUUCAUCGCCUGCGUCGUCGUCCUCCUCCACGUCCCCCUGCGCCGCCAGCGCCACUACCUGCGCCACAGCGACUGCGUCCGCUGCCUGGCUGUGCACCCCGACCGUCUCCGCGUCGCCACGGGGCAGGCGGCCGGCGUCGACAAGGAUGGCAAACCCCUGCAGCCCGUGGUGCACAUCUGGGACUCGGCCACGCUGCUGACGCUGCAGCAGAUCGGGUUGGGCAGCUUCGAGCGCGGCGUGGGCUCCCUCGCCUUCUCCUGCGCCGACGAGGGCUCGUACCUCUGCGUGGUGGACGACUCCAACGAGCACAUGAUGUCGGUGUGGGACUGCGCCCGCGGCACCAAGCUGGCUGAAGUUAAAAGCACCAACGAGUCGGUGCUGUCGGUGGAGUUCAACCCCCAGGACAGCAGCAGCAUCAUCACCAGCGGCAAAUCGCACGUCUACUUCUGGACGUGGAGCGGGGCCACGCUCACCAAGAAGCAGGGAAUCUUUGGGAAAUAUAAGAAGCCAAAGUUCAUCCAGUGCUUCGUUUUUGAUGCCGCUGGGGAUGUGCUGACGGGGGACUCGGAGGGGAACAUCCUGACCUGGACGCGGGCAGGAGAUGGGAGAGCAGUGGGGAAGGGGGGCAAAGAGACGUACCAGAUCGGGCAGCAGACGCGGGCACACGAGGGCAGCGUCUUCGCUCUGUGCCGGCGCCGCGACGGAACGGUGCUGAGCGGCGGGGGGAAGGACCGGCGGGUGCUGAGCUGGAGCCCCGAUCUGACCCUCCUGCAGGAGGCCGAAGGGAUGCGGGGGGGGGGUGAUCCAAAACAGAUCCCCGAACGCUUCGGGGCGGUGCGGACCAUCGCCGAGGGACCCGGGGACGAACUGCUGGUGGGGACGACGCGCAACGCCCUGCUGCGGGGGACGCUGGGGGGGGGCUUCAGUGCCAUCGUGCAGGGUCACACGGAUGAGGUGUGGGGUUUGGCCACUCACCCCACACGCUGUCUGUUCCUCACCUGCGGCCACGACCGGCAGCUCUGCCUGUGGGACGGGCAGGAGCACGCACUGACAUGGAGUCUGGCCCUGGAGGACACCGGGCUGUGCGCUGAUUUCCACCCUGGGGGGCAGGUGGUGGUCGUGGGGCUGCUGACAGGGAGGUGGAUGGUGUUGGACACGGAGACGCAGCAGCCGCUGGCGGGGGGGUCUGAUGGGAACGAGCAGCUCUCAGUGGUGCGUUUCUCCCCAGAUGGUGCCUUUUUGGCCAUCGGAUCCCACGACAACGUCAUCUACAUCUACAGCGUCACCGAGGAGGGCCGCAAAUACAACCGCUUUGGGCGCUGCACUGGUCACUCGAGCUUCAUCACCCACCUGGACUGGUCCAAGGACGGCCACUUCAUCAUGUCCAACUCCGGGGACUACGAGAUCCUCUACUGGGACGUCGCUGGGGGCUGCAAACUCCUCCGUAAUCGCUUUGAGAGCCGCGACCGCGAGUGGGCGUCAUACACGUGUGUGCUGGGCUUCCACGUCUUCGGAGUGUGGCCCGAUGGCUCUGAUGGCACCGACAUCAACUCGCUGUGCCGCUCGCACCACGAGCGCCUGGUGGCCGUGGCCGAUGACUUCUGCAAAGUGCAUCUCUUCCAGUACCCGUGUGCAAGGCCCAAGGCCCCCAGCCACGUGUACGGCGGUCACGGCAGCCACGUCACCAACGUGCGCUUCACCCACGACGACGGGCACCUGGUGUCGCUGGGCGGGAAGGACACCGGCGUCUUCCAAUGGCGGGUGCUGGGAGGGCCCCCCCCGGAGCCGCGCUGAGGCCCUCCCCGUUCCCCCCCUGCCACCUCCUCCCCCCCCAAAAAUCCCGGGACCAAAGGGGCGCCGCCCCCCCC